UUAAACCUCUUGCUGCUACUCCUUUGACAUUCUCUCUCACUUUCUCACACAGACACAUAUAUAAAAUGGCACCAGGACAUUCUCCAUGCGCGUCAUGCAAGCUACUACGAAGACGGUGUGCCAAAGAUUGCAUUUUCGCACCCUACUUCCCAUCCGAUGAACCCCACAAGUUUGCCAUUGUUCACAAGGUCUUCGGUGCUAGCAAUGUUAGCAAGAUGUUACAGGAGCUUCCGGUUCAUCAAAGGGGGGAUGCAGUGAGCAGCCUAGUUUACGAAGCGAAUGCUAGAACAAAAGACCCUGUGUAUGGAUGUGUCGGAGCGAUUUCAUACUUACAGAAGCAGGUUUCUCAAUUGCAGAUGCAACUAGCCAUAGCUCAAGCAGAGAUGUUAUGCAUCCAAAUGAACCAAGAACCUCAUCAUCAAGCACCCGCACCAGCGGCAUCUACUGCUAAUGGUCUGCUUCCGGUUCACCCUAUGUUAUCAGAUGAUGUCUUCUCAAGGGUUUCUGCAGAUGACAUGUCAUAUUCAUGUUUACAUAACAUCACUAAUCAUCAUCAGUACUUCAACUUCAGUUCUAACAAUGUGAUUCAGUAUGACACUCUAAAGAGAGAAUCUUCUUUUCUUUGGACAUGA